AUUACAAGGAUAUUUAACAUUAGAAAAAAAAUUAAAUCAAGGAAGUACGAAAUAUAAGUAUGCAGUAAAAAUACCAAAUAAUAAAAUUAAAGAGUUCGAAAAUAAAAUAGAUUUAUACUACGAUAAACUUCGCACAGAUUCCGGUUUAAGAAAAUAUACAAGAAUAUUAACCUUUAAUUUGAAUGAUGAAAUCAGAAUUUUAAUUUUGUUAUUCAAAGAUCGAUUUAUUAGUUAGUAUAAAGAAUAUGAGAAAUAAAAAAAUACGAGAAACUUUGAACAAUCAAAAAAGAAUAUAUCAAUACAACCGACAUACCAAAUAUAAUGAUAUUUGAAAAAUGUACCAAUAUAUUGCAUUAUAAGUGCAUUUAUAAAGCAACAGUUGGUGGGGAGAUUCACGCAACCGACAGGCGCACAAGAGGCGCAUACACGAGAGCAACGAGGAAAGCCUCGAACGGAACAAACACCGAUGAUGGGAUUGCACGAAAGAGAGAAAGAGGGAGUCGGAAAUCGGACGGACAUGCGUAAGGCGUAACGUCCGACAAUAUAGUGACGAUAUGUCUCAGGAAGGCAGUCGCGUUGAAACGCCGCCCGAUGUCGGACGUGUGAAUUGUAUGCGAAUAGUUUCGAACAGUCUGACAUGUCGCAAGUUUGCCGCGAUAUCAGACGCGUAACGCGACAUACACAAAAGUGAAAAAGAAUAUGAAGAAAAUGUCAACGUGAGGGUUAAUCGAAAAAUCUUUGAUACGCGAUACUAUAACGAAUCAUUUUGAUAGUCGGAAGAAACGCAGCUGCGAGAAGAGAACGCACGGACAGUGAUCCAAGAAGCCGCCAUGGAGACGCAUGGAAAUGGUGAUAUUGACCGGAUCCAGAAUUUGAUGAUCGAAAUAUUGAAAUCGGAAUCCGAGCGUUGUAAUCAUGGAAAUAUAUUGGAAGCAGGUUGGUGCCCCGAAAUUUGGGACGAGAUACUAUGUUGGAAUUCGACUGCACCAGGACAAUUGGCGAUUCAGUACUGUCCUUCUUACAUCAUGGGUUUUGAGCCUCAUGCAUUCGCAUCGAAGCAAUGCAUGCCAAAUGGCCAGUGGUUCAUGAAUACCGACCAUAUCAUGUGGAGUAAUUACACCCAGUGUUAUGAAGAACGAUUGGUCACUGUCUUGGUGAAUAUAUCGGACGUACAAGCAAAUAAUGUCACUCUCAUUAAGUUACAGAAAUUCUUCCCAAUCGUAAAGACCAUCUCGAAACUCGGCUACACAAUUUCGCUAUUCACUCUCAUCAUCGCGUUUUGCAUUUUGGCGGCUAUCAAUUUGUCUCCCAUUGGACGUAGGAAAUUGCGAUGCUCGCGGAACAUGUUGCAUAUGCAUCUGUUCGUCUCAUUCGUGAUGCGAGCAUUCAUGGCGCUACUGAAGGACCUGCUCUUCGUAUCUGGCAUCGGACUGUCGGAUGCCGUGAUCGAGAAUGACGAAGGUUACUGGUUGAUCAACGAGAAGGAAAACAACUGGCACUGCAAGAUAUUCACUAGUCUGUGGCAGUACUUUCUCCUGGCUAACUAUUCCUGGAUCCUGAUGGAGGGUAUAUAUCUGCAUAAUCUGAUCUUUCUGGCACUCUUCACUGAUGCCAAUUCUAGCAUCGCUGUGUACGCUCUUUUCGGAUGGGGUUUGCCAGCUAUAUUUAUUUUACCCUGGGUAGUCACAAGGAUCAUAUACGAGGAUACGUAUUGCUGGACGACCAACGUGAAACCUCUCUUGUUUCUCUUCAUACGAGUACCUACAAUGCUCUCUAUUUUGAUAAAUUUCGUGCUCUUCAUCAACAUCGUGAGAGUGCUGCUGAUAAAACUCAAGUCUACCAUGUCGGAGGAAACGCAAAGAUACAAACGCUGGGCUAGAAGUACAUUAGUCUUGGUACCGCUCUUCGGAGUUCACUAUGCGUUCUUUAUCGGGAUGUCAUACAGCGUCGGCGAAAAUGAGACGGUAGAGAUCGUAUGGCUCUUCUGCGACCAACUGUUUGCAUCUUUCCAGGGCUUCUUCGUGGCGGUAUUGUAUUGCUUUCUGAACGGCGAAGUGAGAACUGAGGUGUCCAGGACGCUUCGCAGCAUUAAGCGGACGCAUCUUCACGGGAUACAGUGGGGCUCGCGACCAUCAACGCAUUCAGUCAGCACAUGCAGCUGUAACAAUGCAUCAAAAUCUGGCGGUCGACAUUCAAGGAAACCCAAGUGGUGGAAGUCGCGCUGGAAGACAAACCCUUGUCUGUUUCAUGAUCGCGCUAUUCGUCAGUCCACCCACUCGAUGGCGAGUACACAAGAUGUUAGAACGAGAGGAUGUAGUUUAGCGAGCAAUAAGGAGUACCUGGAGAUGGCCGGUAACGACCAAGUAUUGCAGCCGACGAUGCAAGAUCAACAUACUCAUCAUACAUCGCCCUUGUGCAACAAAUAUACGGAUCAAUCGAUACUCUCUUUUUAUUCGAAUAUGUCGGAUGCAUCAGGGUCAAAUAUUGAUGAAAUCCGUGAUCAGCAUCGUUGGAGCAAUUCAGAAUGCUGCUAUCUCGCAUACGAAUUGCAUAAACUACAGCAGCAUCACGGACAGUGAUAACGCUUGGACUCAUACGUAUAAAUAUAGAAGAAACGCAUGUCCUGUAAAUGUACAAUACGCAUAAUCUAAAUACGUAUAUUAUUUUUGAAAGAAAAUAAAAUUAAAGAUAUUUAAAUAUUAAUAUAAAUUUAAUAUAGAUUUACAAAAGAGAGAAAAAAGAAAUUAUUUAUUCUGUAUCUCUUGAAAGAGAAAGAAAAGGAAAAGAAAUAGAAGAAAAAAUUUAUUUCUUUAUGUUUAUUUUUUUUUAAUUUCUUACAGUUUUUACAUAUUAUAAAUGGAGAUUGUAUCUUUUCUUAAUUCUUCUACAGGAACAUAUCGUAUUGUUUAUAUAAUCGUCCAUGUUGUAAAUUUUAAUUCGCGUGUAAGCAUAGAUGUAUAAUAAUGUGUACAGAAAGUCAAUGUUCGAUAUUUUACUAUUUUAGAUUUGUUUAAAUAUACUAGAAUAUAUUCGAUAAGAUAUCUCGUCGAUAUAUCAAAAUAUACCUCAACGUUUUGAAAUUCAAUACGCCACCUACUAUUGUAUUGUACGAGUUCAACUCAUGAAAAUGUUAAACGUCCAUUAUUCACAACGAUUUCUAUGCACACUAUGACAAAUAAAUAAAAGCAGCUUAUUAAAUUUGUGAAUACUAUAUCGGUCGUAAAUAUAUAUCUGUUAUUAAUUAUAUUAUUCAUAUAACUUCUUUAUAAUAAAUAUAAUAAAAUACUAAACUUUGCAUGGC